UGCUGGAAUUGUCCUCGAACUUUGUCAUACACUAUUGAAAUUAUCGGCCUAUUCGUCAUGCAGUUCAUUUUGCGCUACAAGUAUCGUGUACGUUGGCAGAAAGGUGCUCAGGUUUCCUAUGUUUAUUUCAAUUUCGAUGUAAAACGCAGUAAUCCGGAUGAAACAGCUAAAUUAUCUUAUAUCUUCCAAGGCGAUAAAAGAGUCCAUACACCUGGUACCUCGCGCUAUCAUAUUGGCUGGUUGCAACAUUUUAAUGAAAAUCCAAGAAAAAAUCCUGAUAUUUAUUUCUCGGACAGAACGGGCUCAAAUAGCGUAUGGUAUGAAACAAAUUGA